CUCAGUCGUCCAUCCUGAUUAAAGGCAGUAGUUAUCUGCUGAUGCAUAUGGCAGGUUUUGGAGUCUUAAAAAGCACGUCCAGAAGUUAUAUUCAGCCCAGGGUUGUUUGGUUGUCGGUAACCUGGAAACCUAAUUGCAACAACAGGCCAGCCAAACACAGCUAUUCUGAGUGCUGAAAGCAAUACCGGGAGGGAUCAGCCAGGAAUUGACUCCCCUGUCCUCGCAAACAAAACCAGCUUCUAGCUUAUGAUUCUUGCUAAUUGGGGUACAGUAAUUCUGAAGCAUGUGUAGUGGAACUUCUUUUUAAAAAAAUAAUGAAUUCCACCGUCCCUGGUAAUAUGUUUGCUGAAGACUUGAUCAGGGACUGAGACUGGUUGAAGUGUCGUUCUUUUUCAUUGGAAGGUUAAUGCAGCUGUUUUUUCUCCAUAUCCAGGAGAAGCGGGUGAAACCGGUGAUGCACAGGAGACUCAACGUGUCGGCUCGCUUCAGAAAACCGCUGCAGGAGCCCUGCACUAUCUUCUUGAUUGCCAAUGGAGACCUCAUAAGUCCGGCUUCUCGCCUCCUCAUCCCUAGAAAAACCUUGAGUCAGUGGGAUCAUGUCCUACAGAUGGUCACGGACAAAAUAACUCUGAGGAGUGGGGCUGUCCACAGACUCUACACGUUAGAAGGAAAACUGGUUGCGAGCGGGGCCGAGUUGGAGAAUGGGCAGUUUUACGUGGCGGUCGGCAGGGAUCGGUUCAAGAAACUGCCUUACAGUGAAUUACUGUUUGACAAGUCAACAAUGAGAAGGUCUUAUGGUCAGAAGUCUUCUUCACUACCUCCUAUCGUAGGAUCCAGAAAGUCUAAAGGGAGUACCCUUCCUGUGGCAUUUGGAGAAGUUAACGUGGAUAUUAAGGGAAAUGAUCGUCAGUCCAAGUCAACAGUUGGAUCCAGCGACAACACAUCCCCUCAGCCCCCGAAGAGGAAAGGGAAAAAAGAAGUGAAUUUGGAAAAACCCAAAAAAGGGAAACAAAAUGUAAAGUUAAAGAAUUCACCACAGAUAGUUCCAGACAGCGAUGAAGGCGUCUUCAAAGCUGGAGCAGAGAGGUCUGAGACACGGGGGGCAGCAGAAGUCCAAGAAGAUGAAGAUACUCAAGUCGAGAUCCCAGUUGAUCAGAGGCCAGCAGAAAUAGUAGGUGAGGAAGAAGAUGGAGAGAAAGCCAACAAGGAAGCAGAGCAGAAAGAAGAUUUUUCGGGAGUGAAUGGCCAAGUUGAAGAGGGAGGAGGUGGGGAGGCUGCAGACGCCCCCGAGGAAGUCAAGGAGGUCCCCGAUCCCGGCGAGGGGCAGGCGGGUCCCUCUCGCAAUAAUGGAGGCACCGAUGAAGAAAAUGGCGAGGAGCUGGAUCAGGUUAACACGGAGCUUCAGGACACAGUGGACGAAGAAGUAAAGUCUGAAGGAGCUGGCAGUGGACAGGAUGAGGCUGACUUAGACCCUCAAAGACCACCAAGACCAGAAGUAAAAAUCACCAGUCCACAAGAAAAUGAGAACAAUGAACAAAACAAGGACUAUGCCGUCGUAGCAUAGAUCAUUUCUAAAAAGAGAGUGCAUUAUCAGAAAAAAUGAAGGGUUCUAAUACUUGAAUGAUAAGUAUAUAGUUAUUGGGGAACAUAAUGUGACAACAUGGUUGACUGCUACCUACUGAAUUUUAAGAUUAGAGGCUUAAUGGAAAGAUUAGAUGAUUUUGAGUAGCUACUAAAGGACAGUGGCUUCUUUUCAUGGGAUGUGUUUUUAAAAGUCAUUUAGAAAAAUUAAGAGGGAUAGAGGGGCAUUUGCACUGGAUGACAAUUGGCCACUUGUCUUUGUAAGCAAUGAAAAAGAAUAGGACCACACUUCUUGUAUACUUUUCCACAAAUUUAGAAGUGAGGUUAUUAGAUGGGAGCUUAUUCUAAAGCACUUAUCUAGGAAGGCAUAGAAUUUUAAAGAAAUGAUAAUAGGAAAACCUGUACUAUUUUUUUAAAGCAAUAAACUCUUUAAUAACCACCAAUUUUAGUGUAGUUUUAGGCAGUAGAUCGAAAUGUUUCAAUGACUUGUUGACAUUCCUUCCUUCUUCCUCCUUGUCCCUGAUCCCAUCUCACAUGAAUUAAAAAGGCUAUAACCCAGUUAUGUCACCAAGCUUGGUUGGAUGGUUUAAAAAUUCUGAUUAUGUUAGAAGACUCAAUAUUGGCUAAAGAUUGAAUUCUCUCCAAAUAGUUUUUUUAACAACAACAACAACAACAAAAAAAAAGCCAAAAAACAAACAAAAAAACCCCACAA